CGAUAAGAAAGAGGGCUUGGCAGAGGGAGCUGGUGCCAAGAACGAACUCCAAACGCCUUCACCUAACUUUCCACUCCCCUCCCUCUCUUCUUCUUCUUACCUUACGCCGCCGCAUCCUAUCCUUUUCCUUUCCCUCCCCCCUCAUCUUGACCUUCUCCAAAACAUAUAAAAAAAAAAAAAGAAAAUGACCCACCGCGCCGACGCAUCCUCCUUCCUCGACAACCGAGGCUACACCGGCCCCCUCAUCCGCGGCGUCAACCCGGCGACGCUCUUCGAGAAGGCGGUCCGCGACCGCAUCACCGACUCCUACUAUUGGAAGGAGCAAUGCUUCGGUCUGAACGCGGCCACCCUGUGUGACCGCGCCGUCGACCUCACCUGCAUCGGCGGCGUGUACGGCGUGGCCGAGAAGCCCACCCCGUUCCUGUGUCUCGCCUUCAAGCUCCUCCAGCUCAACCCGGACCGCGACAUCAUCCUCGAGUAUCUGAACUUCACCGAUCCCGACACCGAAGAUCCCCCGACCUACAACAAUCCGAACGGGAACAACGGCGGGAAUAACGACGAGAACAGCGAUGGAAGUGACGCGGUCGUCAAAGCGCGGGGCGACUUCAAGUACCUCCGCGCGCUGGCGGCGUUCUACGUGCGGCUGACCUUCCCCGCAGCGGACGUCUACAAGACCCUCGAGCCGCUGCUGCUGGACUACCGGAAGCUGAAGCGCCGGGUGCGCGACUCGUUCACCCUGACGUACGUGGAUCAGUUUGUCGAUGAGCUGUUGACCAAGGAUCGUGUCUGUGGUACGAGUCUGUGGAAGUUGCCGCCGCGGCAGCAGUUGGAGGAUUUGGAGUUAUUGGACGAGCGGGUGAGUCCGUUGCAGGCGGAGUUGGAUGAGAUGGAGAGGAGUGAUGACGAGGACGACAAAGAGGAGGGUGAGGAGAAUGAUGAUUGAGGCAGACCUUGGCAGUUUGCGAGUUGUGCUGUCAUCGAUGGAUGCAUUGAUGCGCACGAAGGAAAGAGAAAGCUUCACGCGCCUGGCUGGCUCCUGCAGGCUAAGUCGGCUGGCAGCCCCCUGGACUCGUAUACGUCACCAACUGGGUGCUCCGCGUUCCGGGAAUGUCCUGACAACCCAGCCUGUGGCCUAGGUGCAUACCCUGUGUCAGAGGCAGGAGAUGGUAUCGACCCUGUACCUUAUGAUCUGGCCGUGACGUUGCGUCGGGUGAGAUGCAUCGC